UGAUACCUUUUAAGUCAUGGCGGAUUUUAAAAUUAUAAAUUUUUAGAUUUACUGCCGUAUUAUAAUUUGUGGGUAGAUAAUAGAUAAUUGCAACGUUCUCGAAAAAUAUCGUAUCGGCCUAUUUUAAAAGGGAACGGUAAGAUACAGAGCGUUAAACUUUCAGAGUUGUAUAGUAAUUCGCCAUCGGCCUGGGACAUUUUGCGAAUAUAUAUUCUCCGUAAGACGGUAAAAAUAGAAGAAAUUAGUGAAUAAAUCGUCGCAGCCAGAAAAUGCUCAGCACACAAGAGUAGGUGCCUCGAUUGAGUCUAACUCGCUAUUCGAGUACGUUAAGGCACCGAAGGCAAUAUGAACGAGGGCGCUCCGCUUAUGUACCACGGGAACGCCUCUUUCAGCGGGCCGAGCACGAUGUACAUGGUGCAGGGUCACGGAGACCGGCAGCAGCGGCAGUACCCCGUGGAGAUGCUGCAGGUUAUAGGGGGAGUGCAUGGUUCCCCCGGCCAGGGCACACCCAGGAGGUGUCACAAAAACCGCCAGAUAGACAAGGACAAUGCCUUUGGCUAUGAAUCUGAUGACUCCAGUCUAUCCAGCAGUGCAUCCGGCUCAAAUAAAUCUAGUGAGAAAGAUGUAAACCGUUCCGAUGCAUCAUUAUUGUCAUCACCGUCGGUUCAUCCCCAGCUGUUUGGAGAUAGAGAGCAAGGUGAGAACUGGCGUCAGGAGCGGGGCGCUGUGGCCCGCGAGUGGCGCGCGCGUCGUCGCGAGCCGCGUCCGCGCCGCGCCGCACCCGACCGAUACCUCGCAGCGCACUACCCCGCCCAAGUCAAGUUCGCGCCCGACGACUUACUCAAUGGUUCACAAUGGGACAUGUUAUCGCAAGAGAUUUGGGACAAGUUUGUGAAGUCCCAACAGACCGAGGAAACGUUUCGUAAGAAGAUGAACCUGUGGAGAUAUCUGCACAUCACAAUCAAGAGCAUAUUCCCCCGCUACGGCCUGUACGUGGUCGGCUCCACCAUGUCGGGCUUCGGUCUGGAGUCCUCCGACAUGGACCUGUGCCUCCACGUGCGGCCGCCCGCCGGCACGCCGCCCGCCCUGCCGCCCAGACACCACGCCCUGCUCCACCUGCACCACGUGCUGCACCACAUACGCGGACUGGAUCCUGAUGCGGAGCUGAUCCAAGCGAAGGUGCCGAUCCUGAAGUUCCGUGACGCGCGGCACGGGCUGCAGGUUGACCUGAACUGCGACAACGUGGUCGGCGUGCGCAACACGGGCCUGCUGUACGGGUACGCGCGCGCGGACUGGCGCGUGCGGCCGCUCGUCGCGGUCGCCAAGCUGUGGGCGCGCGCGCACCACAUCAACGACGCGCGCAACCGCACGCUGUCCUCGUACGCGCUCACCCUGAUGGUGCUGCACUACCUGCAGUGUGGAACUUCCCCCGCGGUCCUGCCGCGCGCCGGUGAGGCGGCCACGGGACGACAGAACCGCGCGACUCUGGCCGAACUGUUCCUCGGACUGCUCAAGUACUACGCCGAGUUUCCAUGGCGGCAGUACGCGGUCUCGGUGCGUGCGCGUCGUGUGCCGCUGUGGGAGGCGCGCGCGCGUGCACCCGAUCCUACCCGCUGGAAGCUCAUAUGUGUUGAAGAGCCAUUCGAUCUGUCCAACACCGCGCACUCCGUGUAUGACCCGGACACGUUUGAAGUGAUCGUGAACACGUUCAGAGAGAGCCACGCGCGGCUCGCCGCCAGCCUGCAGCUCCGUGACGCCUGGCCGCAGCGAUGAUCGGGGGGCACUAGGGCCCCGGCCGCGAGAGGCCCCGCCCAUGGCCCCUGCAGAGGGCCUUUGGCACGGGGCCAUUAGCUCGAUGGUAGCUUCACUAAUUGGCACAGAGCCUAAAAGUCCAGAAACUGUGCAUAGUAAGGCAGCCGAAGCCCGAAAGCCCCUAAAAUGAAGCCCCCAGCUUGUGCUGUGUGCACCGGUUGUUGACUUGCUUGGUCAGUUGUGGCAAAGACAUUAGGCCCACAGGGAUUUCUUUUAAGGCUAAGCGCUCACUUGCGACCCAGUGCCGCGGAUGUGAGUCGCUUUACAAGUGAUGCUUCGGCUACUAGUGCCUCGUGCCCAGUGUUCAAAAACAAUGUGGACAUACCAAAAUGUGUUCCGAGUGAUGUUAAUGUUAGUCUCGUCCUGCCGCUCUGUGAGUGUGCUAAAUUGUUCAGUGACUAGUGACUAGUAGUUGUCCAUGACUGGAUCGUGCUAAAUUACUGUGGAACGUGAACUGAUCUGAGGAUUAUGACUGCAUUGUCCGGCAAUGUUAGCGUUAAAUUGUAAAGUGCGUGAAGAUAUAUUUUUGUCUAUUAGCUAUUGAAGGUAGGACAGUCCUAAGUGCCGUAGAUUAAUACACAAGAAAGGUAGCCUACCUAUCUAUGCGACGAAGCGUACCCUCUGCUCAGUACUGAUGCAUCUCUACGUAAAUUGGUCAUCGAAAGACGACCCUGAUUGGCUGCCUUGUUAGCAAAGAUCAGCAGGCUACCCUUACACCAUUACGGGCUGUGAUACGCGACUGAUUCCUCUGUACAUAUAUCUUAGACGUAGCAAACUGUCCAAAGAUUAAAGUGACCUAAGAAAUAUUUUCUCUGAGUACUUGUAUAGCUUAAAUAUAUCUACAUGAAAAGCUUUAGAACGAGUGAAGGCUUUGAAUGCCUUCGCACACAUCUAAAGUGUUACAAUUUGGUUUUUUAGAUGUGUGUAGCGGCAUUUACUGAAGUAUAUUAUGCCUUACUGUUGUAGAUCUACUUAACUUGUUAUCUCCACUAUAUUGCGGUCUGUUGUUGUGUUUUUGCUGUUUAUAUUUUAUAUGUUUAUUGGCAAUGCAUCUGAUACUAUGUGAAUAAUAUGUUUGAAAGUCAUAGUAUCUCGAUGUUAUUAUAUUAAUAGAGGUAUAUUUGUCGGAGACUUGGCGGUUUUUUGACUUGAGUCUAUUGAACGAGGAAUCAUAGGAAAUCCUUCAAACUUUCAUUGAUAUGUGGCUUCAUGUAAAUAUAAAAAAAAAAGUUUUUUAAAAUUAUACUCGGAACUUGUACGAAACAAAGUCACAAAACCAAAAGUGUACUCCUAUAAAUCACAUCCUGCUAAUUUUAAAAUGUAUUUAUUUUUUAUUUAUAAGUUAUUUAAUAAUUAUCGGUGUAAAUAGUGAGGAUGUUGCGAUAUUGAGACGUCGAGGGUUGUAUGUGUGUAAAUAAUGUUUUGUUUUGUAGACAAACGAGAACAUGUUGUGUUACUUAUGCAGGCUCGGCCGUGCAUUGGUUAGGAAUUUAUUGGGCUGUUCCUACAGAAAAAUAUGGGAGGGUUUGUCAAAUAAAAGUAUUAUUAUGUGAUAACAUAAUUGUUGAUAUUUAUCAGGAGUAUGUCAUAACUCAUAACUAUAAAACUAAAAAAGCUAAUUACAAACUUCCAAAAAUAUUGGUGCUAAUAUUGUUAUGUUGCCUUUAGCUUAAUUCUUAUCGAGUAUUAUAUUAACAUAAAGUAAUUUUAAACUGAGCAUAUCCUACUCAUAAUGUAAUCGGUAGCAAAAUGCAUUAAAAUAUAUUAUUACGUAUUUAACUAAAUGUGAAGUACUAAUGCAAUAGGAAAAUUACGUAUUUUUUUUUAUUUUUUCCAGAUUUACCAUAUUAUGAAAUAUUGAACAGAGGACAAAUAAUUUUAAUCUUUUAUAUUUCUUAUUUUAACAAAAUAAAACCAAAGAAAAUUUUUCAGCCCACAAUAUGAUAAUUUCCCCACUGCAUGAGACGAACGAGUCCCAGCAAAUAGCAAUAAAUAUUGUUAGUGAGGGUUUUAUAAUGAUUUUUGUCGAGCGUAACACCACUCAAUGCGAAAGUACAAUUAAUAUUAUAAAUAAAUGAGUAACAUGUAAGAAAAUAAGAAAACUGUUAAAAAGUCUCCAGAAAUGUUUAAAUAAAAAUUAUAUUAAAAAAAAACUUAAAAACAAAAAUCUAAAAAAAAAUUUAAAAUAAAAAAUAAACAAAAAAAAUAUAUAUAUUUACAAAAAAAAAUAAAAAAAACUGACGUGCACGAGAUAUUUUUGCAUGUAUUUCUAACUGCUUGGGCAUACCAACUGCCAAAGAUCUUGUGUGGAAUUAAACCACAUAUUAUAUAAUGCACAUAUUAGCUCACAGGAGACAAAAUAUUUUGUCUUUGCAAUUUAUUCUUCCAGAUUCAUUAAUGCGAGAUAAAGUCGCAUCAGAGUUUUGUCUCCAGGGAGAGCAAACUGCACAGCCUAAUUUUUUUCUACAUCAAUGCAAGAGACAUAUCUGACACACAGUUUUUUAUAUUUUGGCAGGGCUCUUUUAGAAGUUGUGUCAGAAAAAACAUUUUACCAUCACAGGUUUAAAUGAUGAAUGUUCCUUUAAGGCCUAACUUAACUCUUUUAAAACCAAUUUCUAGAGUCACUGGUGUCU